GUUCUCGGACUCCAUGAUCUGAUCGGAAUCCAAGCGGCGCGGAGCGAUCAUCCCUGCGCGUUCAUGACGCCCUUUCGCGCGUCGUGCGGCGCUCGCAUCCCCGAUCAGAUGGACUAGGAGUGAUCCAGUGAGGAUGGAGAGCGUUAAAGUAAAGAAGAUCGGCGCUCUGAGUGUGGCCCCGAGAUCCACAGCAGACGAUGAAGAAGAUGACGAAGGCCAGAGAGCGUCGAACCCCAGACAGACGAGCUCAGACGAGUCUCGGACGAGAACCCAGAGUCCUGCCGAGCUUAACAUCAUCAAUAAAGCCUGCAAGAGCGGUUCCGCUUUACUGCUGAGGAAGAAGAGGGUAAAGAGGCACGUGUCCAGCAUCGGCUCCACUCACAGCCGCAGUCUGGACCGACAGACGUUGCUCAGACACCGGGCCAGCCCGCAGCUUCAGCUGUCCGACCGCCAGUGGGUCCGACAGGACCUGCGCAGGGGCUCCGUUCACGUCCACGACCGGCUGCUGGCGUGGUCGCAUGCGCCGCGGCCGGUGCUGUGCACGGUGGAGAGCACCGCGGCGGAGAUAGCGCAGCGCUUGCAUCAGAUGAACGGCAAGACGGGGUCGGUCCUGCGGCUGAAUGCGAGAACGUAUCCAUCCACCGACCUGAAUGGCAACUGCGAUGGAGAAUGUCCGCUCGUACACCUCCACGCGGGGGCCGAAAGCUUGUCCGACCAGCCGAACGACCGCUUGCGACUCCUGCUCUUGGAGAAGGACCACCGGUACCACCAGGAGUUUGACAUCUACGCGCAUUCGGAGGGUAAUGGAGACCGAGGGUCCCCGCAGGACGAAGACUCCGUCAAGAGGUUUGCGGGGUCAGACGCGGAGACCAGCAGCGCUUGUGAUGACCUGAGCUCCGGGGCCCGCUUCGGCCAGCACCGGGACUCGCUAAGCGACGACAUGAUUUUGGGCACGGACGCGUCGGCGCUGAGUCCUGCGUUUGACAGCAGCGCCGCGGAGGGCCUGGACACGUACGGCAGCUCUUCGGACGAGUUGGACCUGGACUGUCCGUCGGAAUCCAACGCGUUCGAUACCGGCGUGACCGAUGAUUCCGAGACGCGCGCGAGAUUCAAAACACCGAACGCUGAUGGUCUCGAAACUGGAGAACAGGACUCGCCGUCGGAUUCGGACUCCGGUCCGGCCCUUUACGUCCAGCUGCACGGCGAGGCCGCCCGCCGCCUGAGGCCCGACGAGAGGCCCCUGCAGAUUCAAAAUGACUUUCUCUUUAAACUGGGAUUUAAAGACCCGUGGCGGGUCCAGGAGGAGGGCAUGAACACCGAGCUGGGCUCUCUCAUACGCUUCUUUGCAGGGAAACCUCACAGCAUCGAGAGCUCUGAGCGCGUCCAGCUCUCUGGGAUCUAUAACGUACGGAAAGGAAAACUGCAGCUGCCCGUGAACCGCUGGAGUCGGCGACAGGUCAUUUUAUGUGGAACUUGUUUGAUUGUUUCUUCGAUAAAAGCCAGCCAUACGGGAAAGAUGCACAUCUUACCACUGAUUGGAGGAAAGGUCGAAGAGGUAAAGAAACACAGCCACUGUUUGGCCUUCAGCUCGGCAGGACCUCAGAGUCAGAUCUAUUACAUCAGCUUUGACAACUUUACAGAACAUCUGCGAUGGCAUCGGCAAGCUGCGAAGAUGGUGUCGCAACGGAUAAGUUCAGUGGAUCUGUCUUGCUGUAGUCUGGAGAAACUGCCGCCAAACCUUUUGUACAGUCAAGAUCUGACACAUCUCAACCUAAAACACAACUUCCUUCCUGCUGACCAAACACUACUGCAGCUCCAGAGGUUUUCACGCUUAAGGAGUCUCAAUCUCUCGAAUAACCAGUUGGGAAGUUUCCCUCUGCACAUCUGCUCCAUCAGCACGCUGACGGAGGUCAAUCUCAGCUGUAACCACCUGACCUCCAUCCAUCCCGAUGUGGGCAACAUGACCAAUCUACAGACGUUUGUAUUGGACGGGAAUCUGCUGUCGAGUCUUCCGGCUGAGCUGGGCUCUCUGCAGAGACUGGCAUAUCUGGGUCUGUCCUUUAAUGAGUUCACACAGGUGCCAUCGGUACUGGAGCGCCUUCCUGCGGUCGAGAGACUCUGUAUGGCAGGAAAUAAACUGACGGUGCUGACGCUACAGACGUUCCGCCUGCUGACACUAAAACACGUCGAUCUCCGUCUGAAUCACAUCUCCAGCGUGAUUCCCGACGAGCCAGAGUUUCUGCGUCACGUGACACAGUUGGACGUGCGCGAUAACCGUCUGAGUGAGCUGGAUGCGUCCCUCUUCCCUCGUCUGGAGGUUCUGCACUGUCAGAGGAAUCGCAUUGCACAUUUGCGUCUGCGCGGCUGCAUGCUCAAAGCGCUCUACGCCUCCAACAACGAGCUGGAAGUGUUAGACGUAAGUCCUAUGGCUUCCAACCUCACGUACAUGGACAUCUCCAGGAACUGCAUGAAGUCUCUUCCUGAUUGGUUGAGUGAAAGCAAGAAGCUCGAAGUUCUAGACGUCAGCCACAACCACAUCACUGAACUUCCAUCAUGGUUGUUUUGCAGUGGCAGUUUGAGGAAGAUCUUGGCGGGUCAUAAUCAAUUGAAGCGUUUGCCGGAGAGAAUGGAGCGCCCUCUGGUGGAGGUGCUGGACGUGCAGCACAAUCAACUGAUGGAGCUGCCCUGUAAUCUCUUUCUCAAAUCAGAGAGUUUAAGGUGCCUGAAUGCAUCGGCCAAUGAGCUGGAGAAUCUCCCUCCCUCCAGCCUGUCGGAGGAGAGCAACAGUAUCUUACAAGAGCUGUAUCUGACCAAUAACCACCUGACGGACAAGUGUGUGCCUCAACUGACCGGUCACACGCACCUGAGGAUACUGCAUAUGGCCUACAAUCACCUACAGACCUUUCCGGCCAGUAAAAUGGCCAAGCUGGAGGAGCUGGAGGAGGUGGACCUGAGCGGGAACAGACUGAAGGCCGUACCCACCACCAUCCUGAACUGCAGACGCAUGCACACGCUGGGGGCUCACUCCAACUGCAUCGAGGUCUUUCCUGAGGUCAUGCAGCUGAUGGAGAUGAAGUGUGUGGAUCUGAGCUGCAAUGAGUUGAGUGAGAUUACUUUGCCUGAAAAUCUGCCUCCUAAACUUCAAGAGCUGGACCUAACGGGCAACCCGCGGCUGAAUCUGGAUCACAAGAGCCUUGAACAACUUAACAACAUCCGCUGUUUCCGAAUCGACCCGCCUUCAUCAACAUUCUCAGCCAAUGAGACGGCAGGAGGACCAGCGGUCUGGAGUCAUGGCUACACUGAAGCGUCAGGCGUCAAAAACAAACUGUGUGUGGCAGCAUUGUCUGUCAAUAGUUUCUGUGGGAGCAGAGAAGCUCUGUACGGCGUGUUUGAUGGUGACAGAAAUGUGGAGGUGCCGUAUUUACUCCAGUGCACGAUGAACGACAUACUGGCCGAGGAACUACACAGAACCAAGAGUGAAGAAGACUAUAUGACAAACACCUUCCUGGUCAUGCAGAGGAAGUUAGGCACUGCAGGGCAGAAACUGGGUGGUUCAGCAGCUCUCUGCCACAUCCGUCAUGACCCUACAGACCCUACGGGAUGCUUCACUCUCACCGCUGCUAAUGUGGGCAAGUGUCAAGCGGUCCUGUGCCGUGAUGGCAAGGCACUUCCACUGUCACUGCUACACAACAUCAGUAUCAAAGAGGAAUACAACCGCGUGCGCCAGCAUAAAGCCAUCAUUACAGAGGACAACAAAGUGAAUGGCGUAACAGACUCCACACGCAUCAUGGGCUAUUCGUUCCUCUUCCCAGCUGUACUGCCUCUGCCGUAUGUCAACACGCUUCCAUUAACGCCCAGAGAUGAGUUCUUCAUCCUUGGCAGCAGAGGUCUGUUCGAGGUCAUGGACCCCAGCGAGGCCGUGGAGGCCGUACGCAAAGUCCCGGAUGCCCUGGCAGCCGCCAAGAAGUUGUGCACGUUAGCACAAGCGUACGGUUGCACGGACAGCCUCAGCGCUGUGGUGGUUCAGCUCAGCGUUGCUGAAGAUUGCUGCUGCUGCUGUUGCUGCUCCGCGUCCUCCGAGCCGUCUUCUGGAAGCAUCCAUCCGCCGCAACAACCCCCUCCCAGCCCCGGUCCAGGCCUGUACCCGCCCUCCUCGGUCAGCGUGCCUCCUUCCUCGUGCAGCGAGAUCAGUUCCGAGGUCAGCGCCUCUGAGAUGAGCUCCGAAGUGGGAUCCACCGCAUCCUCGGACGAGCCCCCAAUUCUGCUCCAGGAGGCUCACCCUUAUCCGCAAACGCACCUGCCACAGAACCCGCGCUUACCCUGCUGCGCGCUUCACCUUGCCCCAAACAUAAACGCCGCCUUCCAGAGGCAGCUCUCCAGCGCCACGUUUUCAAGCGCACUCUCCGACAAUGGUCUGGACAGCGAGGAUGAGGAACCCAUUGCUGGCGUUUUCUCCAACGGCAGUCGAGUGGAGGUAGAAGCAGAUGUUCACUGUCUGGGCCACCUGCUGCCUUUUCCACCGGCUCCUCCCAGCACCCCAGAAGCCCCAGAAGCCCCAGAGAAAGAUUCAGAGCCUGUAACCGAGGUGGCAGAGAACGACAAGGAAGGCACUUUGAAGCAAGGAGACAAAAGCGUAAACCUUGAUGGAACUGAGACGUGGACCAAGACCUUAGGGAAGCGGAGAGGAAAUGGCUCUGUUGCACCGCAGGAAAGGAGCCACAACCUGAUUGAGGUGGCAGCCGAGGCUCCUUCAAAGAAAGUCGGGGGAUAUUUUACAGCCCCCGCUCAACCAGACCCUGACGACCAGUUCAUCAUUCCUCCAGAGCUGGAAGAGGAGGUCAAGGAAAUCAUGAAGCAACAUCAGCAGGACCAAGAGAGUGCGGCCAAAAGCGAGCGACCUGCGGAAUACUAUGACACACCGCUUUGAGACCACGCUCACUGAAUGUCUUCCAGGCAUUGAAAUGACCACUUAAAAUGAAACGGCCCCCCCGAAAGUUCUGACAUUAUGUAAUCGCAUCUGAACCUGCAUGGUUUUAUUUCUCCUGUGGAACACAAAAGCUCUCGUAAAUACAACAGUUUACAGUAACCACACCUGUCAAUCUCCAAAAAGAUAGAAAACACCAAAAAUAGUAUCCGAAUCUUUUAACUCGAUAGCUUUGUACGAGAAGCAAACUGAAUUUCAUCGAUUGCACCUCUCCCGCAAAUGGUAUGCGAAUCCAGUUGAACACAUCUACAGCUAUAGUGCGCGAAUCUUUGUUUAGGGUCAUGGUGUGGUGUUUUCGUCCAGUUUGCAGCUUGACUGAUGUGGUUGCUUUGAACAGUUAAAAUGGUUUCUUCUGCAUAUUACAGAAAGAUAAUAACCAUCGGGUUCGGAAAGUAUUUCACGAGAUAACACUCAACACCGGGCAGUAUUUGCUGUUUGCUGAGGUUGUUUAGAAAGAGAAAUAUUCAGCUGUCAUCAUAACAUGUCAGACACGUGACCCCUCUGAACAGUCAUGAGACCAGGUCAAGCGGACUGAAGCGAUCCCUUUAAGAGACCACACGGAGUGACCUGUGCUCUAGCGUGCUUCACCCGUGUUUUAAGAGCCGUUCACUACUGAUUACUGACUGUUUAUCUUUUAUUUACUUUAAACAGAUACCUGUGUAAUUCAACACGACACUAGUAUUGCAAUGUUAAUUGUCGUUACCAACGACAAAACGUUUUUUAGUUACCAUAUCUUUUGAUGUGAGAAAAGCAACAACAGAUUUGAAACUGAUUUACAAAAAGAAAAUUGCGUUGACGUAAAUUGUGUUGUAUGGUACACACUAGUAAUACCGCGCUUAGCUGUUGUAGAUAGAGCACUUAAAGUAAUACUGUAUCUCUUCAGUAAAUCAAGGCUUCAGGCCUAUAUAAAACUAGAAAUUUAGUGGAAAUUUGAACGACUAACUCCUAGGAGUUGCUUACUCUUUUAUAGUGACUUGGUCACUUUUUACUAAUCUUCUCUGCGAGAAAUGAUUUCUUUUUUCUUUUUUUUUCUCUCUCUUUCCAAUGAUUGUAAAUAAGAAAACUAUUGUAUACCAAUGCUUUUUAAGGGAACUGUGUGUCUACAACAAGAUGACCCUUUAUGCACACAUGCCAAUGUGUCAGAAAUGAACAGUGCUCACUGUCUCACACACAAACACACAUACAGACACACCGCUCAUAUGCCUCCUCACACCAGCAUGACUGUGUCAAGUCCUGUAAUGCAAACCAGUUUAUCUGUAAGAAAUUCUACUCCAAUCACACAAAAAGUUCCUGGUUUUGUUAUAAUAAAUUUUAAAUUUAUGACUAUAAAA